CAGAGAGCGAACGUCAGCGCAAGACUGACUGCAUUUUUAUUUGUUUAUAGAUUUGGUGCAUCUCAAACGCACUGUCAUCGAUUCUUUGAGCACCACACGUAUUCAGUUUUGUUUUUCUUUCUCUCUAUGGAGUUGUUGUCGCUUCUGUCAUGGGCCUGCAUCGUGUUUACAGUCGGGAUGUUCUCGACUGGACUGUCCGACUUGAAAAAAAUUUGGGAAACCAAAAGUACCGACAACAUUCAGUUCCUACCCUUCCUCACCACCUGUCUUAAUAACCUGGGCUGGUUGUAUUACGGGAUGCUGAAGAGGGACCAAACCAUUGUUUUGGUGAAUGUCAUCGGGGCCUCCCUGCAGAUACUGUAUAUCAUCGUGUUCAUCCACUACACAAAGCAGAAGAAGCCGUUCUUGUCCCAGACGUUGUUUGCAGGUGGAGUUUUGGCUGGAGGCUGGUUCUACUUCUCCACAUUUCUUCCAGAAGGUGAAACACGACUCAACCAGCUUGGCCUGACGUGCAGUGCCAUCACCGUCAGCAUGUACCUGUCCCCGCUCACAGAUCUGGUAAACAUCGUGCGCAGCCGUAACGUGCAGUGUUUGUCCUUCCCUUUGACUGUAGCCACCUUCUUCACCUCCACUUCCUGGGUCUUCUAUGGCCAACAGCUGAAUGACUACUACAUUAUGGUCCCCAACACACCCGGCAUCCUGACCAGUAUUAUCCGUUUUUAUUUAUUCUGGAAAUUUGCCCCUAGUUCAAGCUCACCUGGUUACAAGUCAAUGGCAAUGUGAAAAAUGGACAGAAAAAGUUACACGAACUCGGGAAUGUGGUUAUAGCCAAAUGUGUUUAGUUGCACAGAGCCUGUCAGACAUUAAAGGAGACAUAUUAUGCUAAAUUGACUUUCAUAAGCUUUUAACCAUGUUGUAAUGGUUUCCCCUCAUAGUUGUGAUUUUAUUUAUUCAUAUCUGUUUGAGGAAUUCCGUAUUGCAAGUGCUUCACAAAUAGGUGACACACAUUUUCUACAAAUAUUAAAAAAUGGUCUUCUAAAUGAUUACUAAAUACCAUAAAACGAAUAAUAUGUCUUCUUUAAAGGUGCAUUAUGUGUGUUUUCUGAUGGGAGGGGUCCGCCUUCUGCUUGUCUCCAUGGAUAUGUCAUCGCUUUGUUUGGAAAAUUCCACAGUUUGGCAUUAAACCUAACUAUGCAGGUGCUUUUAUCCCCAAAAAUACCUUGGAUAACAUGGUAGCUUCUCACCUGAUUGGUCACCUGCUUCUCUCCAUGAACAUAGAUAAGUUUAAUGCUAUACUGUGGAAAAUAGUUGGCGAAGCUGUAAUGUCUCCAUGUAAACAAGCAGAUAGCAGAACCCCACCAUGAAACGUGACAUAGUGCACCUUUUAAGUUUGUUUUUACUGUGUAUGUUGUGUCUAUCUCCUUAAGUGCCUUUUUACGAGCCCAAGGCAGCUCAAAAACAAUAGCAACAACACCAGCGUUCAUUCUAAAGGCUGGAUCUUAUCUGGCCACAUCAGAUUAGCCAAAGACGUUUGUAGCACAAGUUGCCUGCUAUUGUGAUUAUUGUUACUUUGUGUGUUGAUAAAACCUGUUUAGGGGGAUUGUGAAUUUGUACAUGUUGCCUUAUGGACCUUGUAACUUUGUCUCGAUGUUUACAACAAUCAAUAGUGGUUAAAUAUUAGUAACUUUAUCACAUGAAGAAUAUCUAUGAAUUAUUUUGAUACAGAGCCACUUCCUGUUUAUGGUAUUUUUCUAAGCAGUUUUUCAUGAGAUUACAGAUAUCAACUUUGGGAACAGUAAAGCGUUUGUUUACGAGAAUAUGGUCA